AUUCAAAUGGCGGAAUGAUGACAAUGCUGAGUAUGUUUCCACUUCAGUGAUCUGUAAAAAGACGGAAUGACCGACUUUAGUGGCAGUACAUGAUAUUGACAUACACAUAAAAUCAAAAUGGAAAACGACGUGGAUGUAGACAAACGGGAGGAAGUAUUCCACAACGCUGUCCGAGAAUACAUCAUAUUCAUGCUGCUCUUCAUUCUGCUGUAUGUGAGUUCCUAUAUCACAAUCUGCUAUUUCAAAAGAAAGGCAGACUCUGAUGACACCUAUGCAGGUGGGGAAGAAGAUGCCGUGGUAUACAGAAUAGCGUUAUGGCUGUGUACAUUCACACUGUCUGUAUCGGUUGGUGCUGUCCUUCUACUACCCAUAUCUAUCAUAUCAAAUGAAGUGCUGCACCACUAUCCAAAAAGUUAUUACGUCAAGUGGCUCAACAGCUCCCUCAUCCAUGGAUUAUGGAAUAUGCAGUUUGCAAUGUCCAAUGUUUCAUUGUUUUUCUUCAUGCCAUUUGCCUACUUCUUCACAGAGUCUGAAGGUUUUGUAGGGUAUAAGAAGGGUGUUAGAGCACGUGUCUACGAAUCCAUCAUCGUUCUCGUUCUUCUCAUCUUUGUUAUUGUGGGUUGUGUGUGGGUAGUGUCGGCCUGUUUUGACGAUGACGUCCACAAAAAACAGAGAUAUAUUGAUCUCUUAUCCGAUGUUUGGAACUUCUAUUUGCCAUAUAUUUACGCAAUUAUAUCAUUUACUGGUGUUAUUGUUUUACUUUUAUGUACACCUGUGGGAUUUGCACGAAUGUUUACUGUGAUGGGUAAACUUGUUGUUAAACCAAAGUUCUUAAGAGAUAUAGAUGAAGAGUUUGCCACUUUAAAAAUGCAAGAGGAAAGUAUACGCAGAAAAAUAGAUUCCGAAUGUAAGCAUCUCCGAUGUAAAUGUUUAAAUAAGGAAUUACACCACCAACAUAGCACUAUAGCAAAUGGCCAUGCUACGCCAGACUCCCUACAAAAACAAUUGGAAGAGAUUGAGAAAGAUAAGGCUGAAUUAGAAAAAAGAAAAAAGAUAUCUCCUCUGAGAAGGAACCUGGGAUAUCCUUUAGUCAUCCUUGCUUUGUUAGCCUUAACGGUACUGUGUGUGUUAAGUGUGGCUCACCAUUUCUUUGAACUCCUGGUUGGAAUCAAAGCCCUUCCUGUUGGAGCCAAGGAGACCGUGUUAGGAAUCUCGUCCCUGUCUGCUCUGGGCUCCGUCGGUGCUGUUCUGGAGAUUGUUCUUAUCUUAUAUGUCAUGUCUGCCUCUAUAGAAGGAUUCUACUCUCUGCCAUUCUUCCGAAGACUUACACCUGUGUCACAUGAUACAUCCAUGGUUCAGAUAAUAGGCAACUGUGUUGUUCUGCUCAUCCUGAGUUCAGCAUUACCAGUUUUGUCUCGUAUUAUGGGUAUUACUAAUUUUGACUUGAUUGGAAACUUUGGCAGUAUGGAUUGGCUGAGCAAUUUUUACCUAAUUCUUACUUGUAAUGCUGUCUUUGCCAUCACAACGACUAUGUGCUUGACCAAUAAGUUCACAGGAACUGUGAGAUCAGAGGUGUUUAACCGACUGUUGACCUGGGUGUCCCAGUGGGGGAAAAGAUCAAAACCUCAAAAUUAUACAUCCAUCAAAGAUGACUGAUUCCAAGUUCUAGAAGAAAGACAAUCUGUAUAGAUGACAAUCCAUUUACAAGGCAAUCUACACAAGAAAUCCCACAGAAACUACGUAACAUUGUCAUGUAUUCACUAACAAUAUUCCAUACCAAAAUAGCGAGGAAUUCUCCCACCAAGAGUACCACUUCCUUUGAGGAAUUCCAAGCUGCUUAUUCCUUUGCCAAAAAUAUGGAGAAAUAACAGUAGUAAUGAUAACAGUAAUUGGUAUACAUUUACUUUGAUCUCGGAUCAUUAAAAAAAAAUAUCUGAAGUUAUGAAAUACACUUCAGUGGUUGUAUUGUAUAAGGAUUCUAGCUUGUUUGUUAUAUUGCCUGUCUGAGCACAAUUCUGGAAUUCAAAACAAAUUAGAAGCUGUUUGAGGUGUUUGCCUAAAUUGUAGAGUUUUAUAUAUAUACUGCUGGGGACGACACUGUUAGUAACUUAGUAGUGCUAUGGUGAUUUCUACAUUAAACUUAUAGCUUAUUAAUUGGCCAGCUAGUAGUAAUAGUUAACUUAGCUAAGAUAGAGCAGGAGGAUGGGGAGAUUUUCUUAAUAUUGUCUCAUUAGUGCCAGCCUGUUAAUCAGUAGGAAGGAGCUAGGGGAACAUGUUGACCUGUAAUAGCUAGGGGUGGGCUUAUUACCAGGCAUGGGCUUAUGGCCAGAUAGUUAUUGUUAAAUGCUUUGUACUAUUAUGUGAACUCACCAUUAGACUUUAGAUCAUACUCAUGUACCAUUAGUAACACAAGAGGACUCGCCAUUAGUCUUUAGGUCAUACUCAUGUACCAUUAAUAACACAAGAGGACUCGCCAUUAGGUCAAUAGUCGUACUAAUGACCUCACCAUCGGUCUAGUGCACUAACCAUUACACCACCAGUAGCUCUAGUGAACUCACCAUUAGACCACCAGUAGCUCUAGUGGACUCACCAUUAGACCACCAGUAGCUCUAGUGAACUCACCAUUACACCACCAGUAGCUCUAGUGGACUCACCAUUAGACCACUGUCCAGUAGCUCUAGUGAACUCACCAUUACACCACCAGUAGCUCUAGUGGACUCACCAUUAGACCACUGUCCAGUAGCUCUAGUGGGCUCACCAUUAGACCACCAGUAGCUCUAGUGAACUCACCAUAGACCACCAGUAGCUCUAGUGGACUCACCAUUAGAUCACCAGUAGCUCUAGUGGACUCACUAUUAGACCACUGUCCAGUAGCUCUAGUGGACUCACCAUUAGACCACUGUCCAGUAGAUCUGGUGGACUCGCCAUUAGACCACUGUCCAGUACUCUAGUGGACUCACCAUUAGACCACCAGUAGCUCUAGUGGACUCACAAGUACACCACCAGUAGCUCUAGUGGACUCACCAUUAGACCACAAGUAGCUCUAGUGGACUCACCAUUAGACCACAAGUAGCUCUAGUAGACUCGCCAUUAGACCACCAGUAGCUCUAGUGGACUCACCAUUACACCACCAGUAGCUCUAGUGGACUCACCAUAGACCACCAGUAGCUCUAGUGGACUCACCAUUAGACCACCAGUAGCUCUAGUGGACUCACCAUUACACCACCAGUAGCUCUAGUGGACUCACCAUUAGACCACUGUCCAGUAGCUCUAGUGGACUCACCAUUAGACCACUGUCCAGUAGCUCUAGUGGACUCACCAUUAGACCACCAGUAGCUCUAGUGGACUCACCAUUAGACCACUGUCCAGUAGCUCUAGUGAACUCGCCAUUAGACCACCAGUAGCUCUAGUGGACUCACUAUUAGACCACUGUCCAGUAGCUCUAGUGGACUCGCCAUUAGACCACCAGUAGCUCUAGUGGACUCACUAUUAGACCACCAGUAGCUCUAGUGGACUCACCAUUACACCACCAGUAGCUCUAGUGGACUCACCAUUAGACCACCAGUAGCUCUAGUGGACUCACCAUUACACCACCAGUAGCUCUAGUGGACUCACCAUAGACCACCAGUAGCUCUAGUGGACUCACCAUUAGACCACCAGUAGCUCUAGUGGACUCACCAUUAGACCACUGUCCAGUAGAUCUGGUGGACUCGCCAUUAGACCACCAGUAGCUCUAGUGGACUCACUA